AUGGUGGACAGCAGCCCCGGACAGCAGCCCCUAGCCGAGCUCGUCUGCACAUACGAGGGCGCGCCGGGCGGCUUCGCGCUCAAGAUGCGGCUGCCGCCGAGGACAACGGCCGGCAAGGUCGUCGACGGCUACUGCAAGCAGUACGCGAAGAAGGGCCACGGCGCGCUCGCGCCCCAGGCCCUGGUCCUCGACUGCGACGGCGUCCACCUGCCGCGCGAGGCCGCGGUGCCCGCCGGCGCGCGCGUCGCCGUCGUCCGCGCCGGCGGCGCGGCGGUGUCCGCGUCGUGGCCGGCCGCGGACCGCGUCUUCGACGCCGCGGCCGAGGCCAGCGCCGCGCUGAGCGCCGCGGACGCGUUCGAGGCGAAGAUCGCCCGCGCGGAGCGCUGCGGCGACUACGCCGGGGCCGUGCACUACUACGGCCGCCUGCUCGCGGCCCUGCGCCGCGGCGCCGGCGCCGGGAGCGCGGACGUCGCGCGGCGCGCGAGCGCCGCCCGCCGGAGCUGCCUCGUCGACUUCGCCAAGGCCGUCGUCUACGCCGCGGAGCUCGACCACGACACGCCCGAGGACCUGGACCCGGCGCUCCUGCGGCCGGCCUUCUGCACGCGGGCGACGAUCGCGGAGGCCCGCGAAGCCUGCGGCGACAAGGCGUCGCCGACGGAGAGCCGCGAGGCCCUCGUCGCGUCGCGCGAGGCGCCCUUCCGCCCCCUCGUCCGGGCCAUGCUCGACGCGUUGGACAGGCGCAACGAGGUCCUGGCGCCGGCCUUCCGGCAAUUGGACGUCGCGCGCGCGCCCUGGGUGCGAGCCGCGGCGGCGGCCGCGGCGCGCGCCGCGCCCGGCGCGGUCGUCGUCGCCCUCGGCGGCGGCCUCGGCGAGACGGCGCGCGCGGCGUCGGCGACCGCGGCGCGCGUCGUCGUCGUCGAGGAGAACCGCUACGCGCGGCGCGCGCUCGAGAAGAAACUGCCGGGGUGCGAGGUCGUCGCGCCGCGGGACUUCGCCGGCGUCGCCUGCGACGUCCUCCUCGCCGACGCCCUCCUCGCGCCGGGCCUGCUCGAGCUGCGCCUCGUGCCGCGGCUGCGCGCCGCGCGGAAGCUCGUCUCCGCGACGACGACGAUUCUGCCGAGGACGGCGACGUUGCGAGCCGCGCUCGCGUGGAUCGGCUGCGGCGAGGUGCCGUCCUUCGCGGCCGCGCAGCGCGGCGCCGGCGCCCACCCGACCCCGGCCAACCUCGCGGCCUACGACCUCAGCGUGCUGGACAACGCGCGCUGGGCGCCGCACCCGGCGUCGGGCCCGCCGGACAUCGUGCGCAACGACGCGCACGCCCGCGUGUCCCGCGCCGUGACCGUCGUCGACGUCGACCUCAUGGCGAUCCUGCGCGGGGCGCCGCUUUCGACGCCGGGCGCCGUCGCCUUCCCCUGGCUCGACGGGGCGGAAUUCGCGAACGCGGUCGUCACGUGGGUCGACGCGUACGAGUCCGACGGCGAGGCCUUCGCGAGCGUCCAGUACGUGGAGCCCUUCCGCGCCGCGGGCCGGGAAGCCGUGCUGCCCUGCGCCGCGUCGUCGACGCGUUUGUGGUUCGAGGCGCCGGAGCGCGGCGGCGUCGUCUUCCGCCGGCCGGGCGCCGGAUGCGACGUGCCCUGGGGCCUGUUCCGCGCGAACGAGUGGCACUUCGGCAUGGUCCGCGACGGCGUGCGCAACGGCGCCUACGAGCGCGCGAUCCGGAAGACGCUGGCGGCGCAGCCGCGCGCGCGAUUCAUGGACAUGGGCGCGGGCUCCGGGCUCCUGUCGAUCAUGGCCAGGGCCGCGAGCGAAAACGCGACGGUGCUCGCCGUGGAGAUGGACAAUGCUUUAAGCCGCGUCGCGGCGUCCCUGGCGACGGACGACGCGGGGCCCAGCGGCGCGAAGACGCCGCUCUCGUUGAAGCCGGGCGCGUCCGCGGUCUACGGCGACAAGAUCGAGACGCUGCCCGGGAAGAUCGACGGCGCCUUCGACGUCUUCUGCGCCGAGCUCAUGGACACGAGCGGCCUCGGCGAGGCGCUCCUGCCCCUCAUGCACGGCGCCCUGGAGCGCUUCGCGGCGAAAUCCGUGAAAACGAUCCCGCACCGGCUCCGCGUCUGGGCCGCCCCUUUGCAGCUCGACGCCGUCGUCGGCGAGGGCGAGCGUGUGCCCGACCCGCACUGGCUCCCCUUCUGCGAGGAGGGCAAGUACGUCGACCUCUACCGGUCGCGGUUCUCGGUUUUGACGCGCGAGGCGUGCGUGCUGGACGCGACGUGCGGUUCGACGCCGCCCGCGGCGGCGCUGCACCUCGACCUCGGCGCCGAGGUCGCCGGCACGUGCAACGGCGUCGCGAUCUACUGGGACGCGGACCUCGUGGAGGGCGCGGACGACGACUGCACGCUGACGAACGCGCCGCACAAGGAGCCGACGUGCUGGCUCCACUCGUUCCACGCGCUGCCGCCGCGGCGCGUCGCCCCCGGCGGCGACCCCCUCCGCAUCUCGAUCGCCUUCGACGCGGCCCUGCCCCGCGCGCCCGAAGUCGCGUGGACGGCCGACGACCGCGCGCCGCGCUCCGUCGUCCGCACGCGCGCCUACGCCGGCCCGCGCGCGCCGCCGGGGCCGGACCCGCCGGACUGGAGCUGCGGCCGCGACGGCACCUGGCUCCGCGACUUCGCCGCCCACGGCCGCAGGGGCCUCGUCGUCGACGACCUCGUCAAGGCCCACGUCUCCGAGGGCCCGCCGCGCGACGGCGCGCCCAUGGACGAGGUCGCGUCGCGGCUCCACCUCCAGCUCCGCGCGCGCCUCGAGGUCUACGAGGCCUGGAUGCUCAUCGCCGCCAUGCCCGCGGCCUACGGCCUCCACCCGCGCGUCGCGCUGCUCGACUGCAUGCAGGCUCCCAGACCUGGAUGGCGGCGCAUGCGCGCAGCUCUGAUCCGUGCUCUCGAGGCGCGGCGACCCUCUGAGGCAGCCCGACGACGUCCGCGGAUGGCUGGUGCAGGCGACGGCGCCGUCGAAACGUCGAACGGGUCGUGGCUGAAGAAGCGGAAGCGAUCCGACGGCGACGAGGCCCCGGAAGACGGCGACGGCGACGUGCUCUUGCUGAAUGUGGGCGGGCGGAGCUUCGCGACGACCUACGGCACGGUGCGGAGCGCGCCCGGGUAUCUUGCGAACCUCUUCAAGGAGGGCAGCGGCUUCCGCGCGCCGACGCGCGACGCCGACGGCCGGUUCUUCAUCGACAAGAACCCGGACACCUUUGCGGUAAUUCUCGAGUGGCUCCGGGAUGAGGGCCGCCUGCUCCCGCCGGCGGGGCUAACCGGCGCCAUGUGGCUGCGCCUCCGGAGCGAGGCGGAUUUCUUCGGGCUCCAAGACCUCCGGGAGCAGCUCGGCGGCUGCCGGCGGCUCAACUUCGACGGCAUCACCUUGGAGCAGGCGGAACGGUUCGAGAACGAGCCGCUCGACCUCGUCCGCGUCGGCUUCCCCGUGUCGGCGGAGCUCCUCAAAGACAUCAACGUCGAGAACGAGCUGGAAAUCUUCUACGAGACGGGCGUGCCCGCGCACCUGCUCGGGCCCGGGGUGGGCAUCGACAAGUUGAUCGACGAAGGCUACGGCCUCCACUCGCUCUUCGGACUCAAAAUCCAGCUGAGCGCCUUCGGCUCACACCUGGACAACGGACGCGGCAAUCUCCGACGGGGCGAGUGCGGUUACAUCGGAAAUUUGAUGACCCACGCGAACGGAAUCAUCAUCAACGUGACCAAGAACCCGUACUGGACCGGCAUCCACAAGGCACGCAUCGAGCGGGCCGCCCAGAGCCGGUCCGCGGCGGCUCGUUCGUCGCGCGGGAGCCGCGCGAAGGCCGGCCGCGCGCCCGCGAAGACGCUCAGGUACUCGAAGGCGGAGCGGCCGGGCCCCCGCGGCGGCUGCCAGAAGGGCGCGAGCAUGGCCGACGCGUCGACGCCGCUCAUGCCGCCAGGCGAGGGCGUCGCCGCCGCCGUGUCGGCGAGCGUCGGCGCCGCGGCGCAGCGCAAGCCCUGGUACCUGCAGCCCAUCUUCCUCUGCUGCGCCUGCUGCGGCGUCGUCGCCGUCGUCGCCGGCGUCGUCGUCUUCCUCAUGCUCUUCUCGGAGGGCAGCGACGACGACUGGACGAACCCGCUCGACGACAACAUGUCGAACUAUGUUUCGCCGCUGCAGAACGACACGUCGGCCUUCGACGGGUGCGUCGAGAGCGACGGCCAGUUCACGUGCCAGUGGGGGCCCCGCGCGCUGCAGGGCAGGACAAGGGUGAUUCAACGCGCGCUGCUCGAGUUCGAGAAGGUGCGCCAGUUCGUCCUCAACGACACGAACACGAGCGACGUGGCCAUGGAUCUGCUCAUCCCCCAGAAGCUCGCGCUCCGCUACUCGCCGCGGCUCAUGGCCGCGGAGAUCGGCGGCGCGGCCGUCGGCGGCUACUUCGCCUUCACGCUCUACAUGCCCGGCCCGGCGUCCCAAACCACGGGCCUCGCCCCGUCCUACAGCUCCUACAUGAUCGUCAUGCACUGGAACGGCACGCUGCGGUCCGUGACGCCGACGUCGUCUUUGGACGACGGUUACGAAAGCACGCACAUGGACGCGCUCAAGCUGACGGGCCCGGACACCAUCCUGACCUACACGAACAACUGGCUCGAGGAGAAGGGCUACCCCUACGAGUGGUCCUGGCGCCAGGAGACGAAGGACACGCGGGACCACCACCUCAAGCGCCUCUCGAAGAAGAAGCGGUUCAGCUCGCACGACGUCCAGUGGGGCCUCGACAACAAGUCCUACUGGCAGCCCACGGGCGGCGUCAACGAGACGGUCUUCGCCAAGUUCCACGCCAACGGCACGCAGCAGCGCCAGUGGUACGUGCCCAACUGCGGCGACAUCAACCACGUGCAGCUCGUCGAGAACGAGACGCGCGCGAUCAUCUCGUGCCGCCUGAGCGACUCCAUCGUCAACUACAACAUGCUCACGGACCGCGUCGAGUGGGUCGCCGGCGGCGAGAACGGCACCUUCACCAUCACGGACGGCACGGUGACGCUCGCCGCGGGGCUCUCCUACUGGGCGGGGCAGCACAACGUCGAAUACGUCGGCGACGACACCUACCUCAUGUUCGACAACGCCUACAACUUGUACUCGCCGUCGCGCAUCCUCUCCGUGGUCAUCAACGAAACCACGCAGGUCGCCUUCGUCGACUUCUCCUACUCGCCGCUCAACGCGUACCCCCAGGGCUACAGCGAGACGUUCGGCGACAACGACCGCCUCCCGUCCAAGAACCACCUGACGUGCUGGUGGCCGGGGCUCCUCGACCCGGACUUGGACGUCAUGUUCGACGCGCAGAUCCAGGAGGUGACGCCGGCCCAGGAGGUGGCCUGGGAGCUGUCGAUCUACGGCGGCUCCGACUGCUCGGACACGGCGUCCUACAGCUGCAUCCGGUCCAUCAACCAGGGCUGGAAGAUCUACAGCGUCGAGCGCUUUUAUGAUUCGCCCGUGGUCUACAACGCGACGUUCUUCAACGGGACGCUCGAGUUCCUCGCGCACUCGUCCUUCAAGCUGAGCCACCGGACGACGGGCCGUUGGGAUCUGCUCUACGAGGACCGGAUCGUCGCCGCGGGCGAGGUCGUCUUCGACGCCUACUGGAAGCCGUCGACGGUGCUCGCGGAGACGACCUGGGGCCGCAACGACAGCGCGGUGCGCUACCGGAACGUGGGCCUCGUCGUGACGGACGUCUGGGAGCGAACAACGCACGUCGACGUCGAGUUCACGCCGCCCCACGGGUAUUUCACGUAA